AUGUCGCUCCUCGAUCGCCAUCUGGAACAGAUUAGCUUUUCCUCGGAUACAAUUGCAGAAUUACCGUUCCCAUCGCCCCGUAUUUUUACCAACGCGUUAUUAGGCUCCCACGAUAUCACCGCCUUAAUUCGAGAUACCGAGGUCCACGAAAGAGCCCUUUUUCAGGUAGAUCCGGCCUCUAAAACUCAUGGAUCCCGCCGCACCACCCGUCGUGGUAUAACCCACUCCGCUGAGACCGACCACGAACCCAUGACCAGUCGGAUCUACAACACGCACAGCGGUCGUAGUCAGUCGGCAGUGGCGCGUGUGCUUGGAUCGGAUAUGAUGGAAAAGAUCAAACGAUCAACGGGCACGUCUACUCGGGGGCCCCGAGGAGAUGUUAAUAUUGAGGUUCUGCUACGCGGUGCGGAGAUUUUGUGCAAUGUCUAUCCUAUCCCUGGCGCUCCCGAAAAAAUUAGCAAUUUACGAUAUCGCCAUGACAUGAUUGCCCAGUCAAUUUCUGGAUUAGAAGAUCGAGUUGCCAUGAACACUGCCGAAUUAGAACAGAUGCGCUCCGGAUAUGGAGACGAGGAUGACUUUACCUCAGCAUCUGUCUCCGGUUCCCAACCAAAUGAGAUCACUGAUCUGGAUAUCGAGCGGGAAUUAGCCGAAAUCAGAGAGUUAGAGCGAAGGAAGCAGACCUUGGAGGAUCGAGUCACCGGCAUGGAUCGGGACCUCGGUGGUCUUAUUGCCUGA